AUGGGAAUCGAUAGCAAUCAACCUACAAUUCCUAAAAAACAUAUGGGAACCACUUCAGGACCACAGUUCCUAUUGGAGGAUGGAUUACCAUACGGUAUGCCAAGUAGAGCAAGCCCAGCGCUGCACCCUAGCACCCCCUUCGGUAAUCCUCCAGUGCUUCAGACCACGGUCGAAGCAGAGCUUCUGGCUCAAAUGACUUCCCUUCUGAGGGAAAUGGCUAAGCUCCAAGAACAUAACAAUCUCCUCUCGUCCAAAGUAGACGAAACCCAGCGGUUGCUUAACCAGCAGGAAACACAGAGCAUUCAGGCUACUGAGUCUUCCCAGAGUCUGCAAACCCCCGGUCGGCAGAAGAGGGAAAGAGGGGGGCAAAGGCAACGCCUACGCCUUCCAAACAGUUGGUGGUCCCAGCUCCACAAGACCAACCUCACGUGCCGAAGAAGGUGUACACCGAUUGUCGUCAUCGGAUCAACGACAAGAAGGAUGCCGAACGGCAUAGGUCCCCAAUCAGGGUUAGUGCCCGCCUGCGGGACUCACGGAUGA